AUGCAAUUUAUUAAACAAAAAUAAGAGUAUUAAGAUAAAUACAAUUCUUUUCGUAAUCAUCCUGCCUUUAGCAAAUUGCAUAAUGAUAUUCUUAAAGCUAUUAUUGAUUCUGUUACUGUCUUAUAAUUUAUUAAAAAUUAGAGUGUUUUCAUAGAAAGUGAACUGAUGACACAUUUAUUCAUCAUAAAAAGUGGAGAAUUUAAAGUAACCAAAUAAAUUAAUAUAUAGAGAUGAGUAAAAGGAUAUUGUGCUAAAAUCCAGUAUUUUCUUAUCUAAGGAAAUGGAAAUAAUUUGAAAUUUGUUUGUUAGAAAAAGGUGAAACUUUUGGUAUUGAACAUCUAGAUAUAGAACCAAGAGGAUAUUAUAAAUAUUCGGUUUCUUGUCAUUCAUAUCAAGGAUAAUUGUAUUCUUUAAAAUUAGAUUAAAUAUCUUAAAUUUUAAAAGAUCAUCACAUCAAAAUAUCAGCAGAUAAUCUAUUUUAUUAUUAAUAAUAACUAAGCAAGAAUAAGUUAUAUAUCUAUCGAGAAUAACAAAUUAAUAAUUUAUAUUCAAAUAUAAAUGAACCUUUUAAACAUAGAGAAAUUAGAUCAUAUUCUAAUGUCAAUACUGAAAAUUAUAGCAAUAAUUUUAGAUAAUAACAUCGAUCAAUAAGUUAUGAUGCUUCAUAUUGUGAUAAGAUUUAAUCAUUGAUAAAUUAUUAAAAAUAAAUUAUCAAUAAUCCAAGAAGGAUUAUAAAGACAGAAGUUUUAGAGGAUGACACUUAUAUUAAUCAAUCAGUAAAUAAUCACAUUAAAGCAUUGAAACCUUAUAUAAAUAACUUUGAAUCAGGAAAAAUUCUUACUAAACGGAGUUAGAUACAUUCUUUAGACAGAAUAGAUGAAUUGAAUCAAAAUGAAAAAAUUUUUAAAUUAAAAGUCCUUUACAAAUUAGGAUAUAGACCAAAAAAAAAACUAUAAAUAAAACUUCAUCAAAUUUAAAGCUAACAUUUAUCCAAAAUAUUUCCAUUUCAUCCUAAAUGA